UUAGCAGAGAUUCAAACCUACUAAGGUUUAAGUCUUCGCUAACUAGGUUUGAAUCUCUGCUAAGUUGGGUUUGAGUCUUCGCUAACUAUGGUACAGCAGGAGGCUGCAGAAAGAAAGAUAGCAAACAAAAAUCCGUUCGACUAUAACAAACCAACAGUGGUCAGAGUGGAAAGGCUUUUGGAUAAAUAUAAAUAUGAAAAUAGGAAAAUAAAACCACGCAGUGGUAACAGGAAAAAUAGGGGAGAAGAAAGUAGCUCAGAAUUGAAUCCAAAUGAUGUAACCAUUAUAUCGGACAGCGAAGAAGAAUCAGAAAGAAGCCAGAAGACGCAGGAAACCGUUGAUGAGAGACUAAGUGGAAUAAAAACAUUAAAUCUACAACAAAGAGCGGAAAUACAAGAAAAAAUGCUAAUGGUAGAUCACAUGGGCAUAAAUGAAAUAACGGAAGAAAUUUUCCACUCACUCACAAAUAUCGAAGACAUAAGGAGCGGAUCUAUAAAAAUAAAAGGGCAGGAGGGCAAAUUAAAGGUCAAUACACAUCUGAUAAGAGGAUAUGUAGAGAAAAUGGCUACAAAACUGCUAGAGCAAGGAAACGAAGGCUAUUACCAAAGGAAAUGUAUUAAACUAGAAAAGGAACUGGCCGAACAAAAAACCAGAAUUGAAAAAUUGGAAAAAAUGAUAUAUCAAAACAGCAAGGCUGAACAAGUUAAUAUAAACACACCAAGUAAUAUUAAUAAAAGAAGAAACUCCCAAAGAAAUUACCCCACAACAGACGAAGAGGGUUACGCAACUGAUAGAGGAGGAAAAAACAAAAAUACUACACAUAACAGAGGCACGGCUGGUAUCCAAACAGGAAAGAACAGCGAAACAAUGAAUGCAGGAAAGCUGGCAAUACAGAGAUAUAAGGAAGAAUGGAGGGACACCCGACAACCCUCUUCCUCAGAAAUCUGGUCACAACAGCGAAUAAGAACGAGAACUGAAAGAAAUACGGAAAGAGAAGUAUUUAAAAAGCCUACACAAAGGAAGAUAAUACAAAAUAGAGUUAAUGUACAAAAUAUUCAUAACAACGUAUACAAAAACGAAACAGAUAGGCAAGCAACAAAUAACGCAAAUAGGAUACAAACAAGCGGGAAACAGCACCAAAUAAAAAGAAGAGCACCUAAGUCAGCGGCUGUCACACUAAACUGCGACGACAAUUAUAGAUCUUUUGCGGAUGUCUUAAAAAAAGCAAGAGAAAAUAUUAAGCUAGAAGACAUAGGCAUAACAAACACGAAAAUUAGAAAAAUAGCAUCCGGGGGAAUCGCUAUUGAGAUACCUGGAGAAGACAUGGGAGAAAAAGCGGAUAUUCUAGCAAAAAAAUUAAAAGAAGUAUUAGAAAAAGACGGAGUAAAAGUAUCACGCCCUGUUAGGAGAGCAGAACUUAAAAUAUAUAAUUUCGACGAAUCAGUCGAACCAUUUGAUAUAAUACUAGAACUAGCUAGAAUAAGCAAAGGGUCUGUAACGGAGUUCAAAACAGGCCCAAUCAGGACAAUGAGAAACGGACUUUGCGCAAUAUGGGUCAAAUGUCCCCUAGAACGUGCAUUAAGGAUCUCGGAUGAAGGCAGGGUAAGAGUAGGAUGGGCGUACGCGGGGGUCGAGUUAUUAAAGCGUCGACCACUGCAAUGCUUCAAAUGCUUUGCACUGGGGCACACAAGGCAAUUAUGCCCAUCUAAAGAGGAAAAGAAAGGCUGCUGUUUUAAUUGUGGAGGGGAUGAUCACCAAAUUCAAUUAUGCAGAAACAGACCUCACUGUCCCCCAUGUGCAGAGAGAGGUAUGGAAAGUGACCACAGAGCGGGAACGGAGAGAUGUCGACCAUGGGCACCAAGAAGAGCGCCUGCCAGGUUGAACAAAAGAAAUCGUUCACCAGAAACACCAGGUUUAGAUCAGACGAGAGAAGAAAUUAUAGGCCAAAUGUCGUCCUCACUAAACAUCCCCAUGCAGGAACUGGAACGAGCAUAUAUUACUGAACCAAGGGAGGACGAACAGCAAGGGGACAAUAUAGUAAUGGAAACUAACGAAGAAAACAUGGAGGUAAUGGAAAUAAUAGAAACAAUGAUAAUUGAAAGUGGGGCAAACUCAACAGAGAAUAUAGAACAUGAAGCGGAAAUUAGAGCAUCACCAGACAGAGAGGAACAGGAAACGGAAAAACCUACAACACCUUCUCAAUACACGGAAUUCCAAAAGAGGAUCACGGGUGACGGGCAAAUACCACUCAUGCAGGAGGAAUAUGGAAGGAAAGAAAAAACAUCAAAUAAUACAAAGGGGGAACAGGAGGAGUGCCCCACAAACGAAGAAAAACUAUAACAUAUAAUGUAUAGUUUACUGCAAAUAAAUGCAAAUCAUUCAAAAUACGCGCAAGAUUUAGCCUAUCAAUUUGCCAGGAAAAAUAAAAUAGGCCUAAUAGUAUAUGCUGAACCUCACAGCGUAAAGCAAAGUCAGAUCAAUUGUGCAUCGAAGGAUAAAAAACCUUUGGUGUUAAUAACGUCAGAUGGACUGACAAAACAGAAACCUUGCGUGGUAAUGGAUAAAGGAGAGGGAUUCGUUGUCGUAAAAUGGGGAAAGGUCGUUGUUAUAGGGGCAUAUUUCUCCCCAAGCAAAAACAGAAGACAAUUUGAAGACUAUUUGGAAUCCCUAACCAGACAGGUCAAUAAAUAUAAAAACCAUCCGUUAAUGAUCGUAGGAGACCUCAAUGCAAGAUCUAAGCAAUGGGAUAUAAAAGAAAACGCGAGAGGAAACUUGGUGCAGGAGUGGCUAUCCAGCUUGGAUUUAAUCACUCUAAAUGAAAAUAGAGAAUACACCUGCAUCCAUCCGAGAGGUAAAUCGGCGGUGGACGUGACAAUAAUAAAUAACAGUGUUUUAAAUAUGAAACCUAAAUGGACAGUUGACAACAAGACGGAUUCACUAUCGGACCAUUUAUACAUAAUUAUAGAACUGGAAAAUAAAAAUGACAAAAAUUCCAGUGUGGUAAAGGUAAAAUCAGAAAAAGCGAACAGGUUAGCAUUCCCCAAAUGGAGUAUAUCAUCAUUAAACAAUGAUAAUCUGAAUACAGCAACAAUAGUUAAUACGUGGACGAGGCCUGAAGAAAGCCAAACAGCGGUACAAUUAACCAAAACAAUAAAUAGAACGUUAAGAGAUAUCUCAAACUUCUGUAUGAGUAAAUCAACAAGGCCAAGAACCAGACCAGUUUAUUGGUGGAACGACGAAAUAGCCGAACUCAGAAGCAAAUGCAACAAAGGUUACACGACAUUUUCCAGAAAACUAGAUGAGAAAAUGUUGGUACUAACCAAAUUCUCUAGGUAAUACCCCGUUUCAAUUUCUGCAGGUUAGUAACACUGUUAAAGUAGUAAAGCCAAGGUUUGCAGAGUCGGUUUUGACGUAUGCGCGCGUACGUGUCAAAUAAUAAAUAUUAUAUAAAUGAUUUAUUAUGACAUUUAAUUUAAUAAAUGAAUAAAAAUUACACAAAUAAGUAAAAAUAUAAAUUACACAAAUAAUUAAAAAUAUAGUGCAUAGAGAUGAACAAGUUUCUUUAAUGUGCCUUUAUAAACACCAUAUAUGAUUGAUGAAUUCUCGUUCUUUGCCUUGGAAUCAUUCAGAUUUCAAUGAAAUAAAAUUAAUAGAAGCAUAAAGAAG